GUCACGCCUUUCACUACUCUCCCGUAACGCCACCAACGCCAAACACUUCACCGGCUCUCCAUGCAGACUCCGCAUCCGCCAAGCCUGACACUGCUACAUCAGCGGGAUUAGUAACAUUAAGGAUACCGCCAACGAGGAGCGCAGUGCUGUGGAUAGACGCGAGGUAUUUGAAAAGGGUUUACGGUGUGUUUGUGUGAAGGUGCGCCGUGCGAUGUGGACGGCGCUGCAGAGGUUCGGGCUGCGGCACCACGAGCUGCCGGCCCUGCUGCGCAACGCGGCCGCGCUGCUGCGCGUGCUCGCGCUCGAUCUGCACGCCGGCGACAACCGACGGGUCCCGGUGAUAUUCUACGUGACAUCAGCGGCGGUGAUGGCGCUGUACGUGUACACGUACCACGUGUCCACGUACUGGUUCAUCUGGCGCGGCGGCGGCGGGGGCGGUGGCGGCGAGCGGCUCUUCGUCAUCCUGCAGGUCUCGCUCUCCAUCAGCAGCUGCAUCGGCGUCGUCAAGCUUCUUUACAUGUACCUUCAUAGCGGCAAAGUAAAGAAGCUGGUGUCCGGGUACCUGGCGUGCGACGCCGCCGUGGCGCGCGGGAGCCGCAUGCGCACCAACGUGAACGCGACGCUGCGGACCGUGAAGAAGCGAGCCAUCAUCUUUUGGCUGAUCAUCAUCGGCAACGGGGUCGUGUAUGUGGGGGUGCCCCUCGUCAAGCCUGGAAGGCAUUUGACUGUGGAUGGUCAGAUUCUUCUGGGUCUGGAGCCGAUGUACUCGUCGCCGAGGUUCGAGCUGGCCAACGUGGCGCUGUGGGCCAGCGUGUUCCUGACGGUGUACGCGCCCGCUAACAUCUCCGGCUUCUUCAUCGUCGUCGUCGGCUACUCGGAGGCGCAGAUGCUGGCCCUUGCGCAGGAGCUUCUCCACCUGUGGGACGACGCCCAGCAACACUAUAAACAGAACCGGCCUGCUUCCACACAAACUCCGAGUUGUUUCCUCGAUAUUUCCAGAGAAUCGCAAGCCGGCAAAAGAAAGAAAUUGCGUACGGUUAAUGAGUACGUGACAAGUCGCUUAGUGAGCAUUAUUAAAUGCCAUGCGACAAAUAUCAGCCUUAUCAAUCAAGUUCAAAGCAUAUUCAGAAGCUCUUUAGCCAUGGAAUUUACUCUGCUGACCUGCGGUCUCAUAGCCGAGCUGUUGGGGGGCUUAGAGAACACGUUUAUCCAGGUCCCGUUCUCGUUGGCACAAGUGUCCAUGGACUGUCUCACCGGGCAGAACCUGAUGGACGCGAACAAGGCGCUGGAGGAGGCGGCGUACGCGUGCGGGUGGGAGCGCAUGCACACCGGCAACCGGCGGCUCGUGCUGGCGCUGCUGCAGAACGCGCAGCGGCCGCUGCAGCUGUCGGCGGGGGGCGUGGCCACCCUCGGACACACCUCGCUCAUGGCGGUCUUCAAGUCCAUAUACUCGGCGUACACUGCUCUGCGACGAUUUACCUACUGAACAUAAGUAGCGAA